AUGGAGAAGAUAAAGCACAAAUACUUGGAAGUAAGGGGGCUCAAACUUCAUUUCGCCGAGAUCGGAGAAGGUCCUGCUGUGGUGUUCCUACAUGGAUUCCCUGAGAUAUGGUAUUCGUGGCGGUAUCAAAUGAUUGCAGUAGCUAACGCUGGAUUUCGAGCAAUAGCUCCUGACUACAGGGGCUAUGGUCUCUCUGAAAAGCCGGCAGAACCAGAGAAAGUAACAUUCAGAGACCUUGUUGAUGAUCUACUUGUGCUCCUUGAUUCACUUGGUAUCCCCAAGGUUUUUCUUGUUGCCAAGGACUUUGGACCUCGACCAGCUUACCACUUUGCACUCCUUUAUCCAGACAGGGUCUCAGCAGUUGUGACCCUAGGUGUACCAUUCAUGGUCACUGGUCCAGAAGGAAUCUCUCUAGAUACCCUCCCAAAAGGCUUCUAUUUCUUGAGAUGGCGGGAGCCAGUGAGAGCUGAAAAGGACUUUGGCCGCUUUGAUGUCAAGACUGUGGUGAAAAACAUAUAUAUCCUCUUCACAAGAAGUGAAUUACAAGUAGCUAGCGAGGAUCAGGAGAUAAUGGACUUGGUUGAUCCAUCCACGCCGCUUCCCCCCUGGUUCACCGAGGAAGAUCUUGAAAACUAUGCAGCUCUAUAUGAGAAAUCCGGUUUUCAAACUGCACUGCAGGUGCCAUACAGGGGUUGGCUCGAAGACUAUGGAGUUGAAGAUCAGAAAGUGACAGUUCCGGCAAUGCUGAUCAUGGGUGAAAAGGAUUAUGUAUUAAAAUUUGGGAGAUUAGAGGAGUACAUAAGGAGUGGUAUAGUCAAAAAAUAUGUUCCUGAUUUGGAGGUAGUGUUCAUACCAGAGGGAAACCAUUUCGUCCAAGAGCAGUUGCCUGACCAGGUGAACCAGCUCCUUAUCACUUUCCUCAACAAGCACAUUUGAUCAAUCACCCUGCUAAUACUUUCCAAAGGAUUGGGAGGCACUACCAUUCUCAACUUCCUAUGUAUUAAUGUGGUAUAUGGAUUGAAUUUCCUUUCUAUGUUUUCCUUUUGAGUAGUCUUUGUAUAUUGAAUAAGGAAUGACUACAGUAUCAAAAGAGGCGUUG